AUGUGGUACAUCUUUGACGAUUUGUGGGUCGACAAACAAGAAUCAGGACAGCAACUGGGGAAGUUGAAUGGACGUGUAUGCAAAACUAUAAGUAAGAAACUAUAUUUUGAAGCAUGCCGACUUUUCAAAGUUGCUACUAUUGAAGAUGAUGGUGCCAUAGUUUCCGGCAAGAAAGAUAUACCCAAGAUCAACAAAGCUGCUGGUAUCUUGACUGAUUCUCAAUAUGUGAUUGAUCUUCCCAAUGGCUUUACAACUGAAGAUAUUCUUGAAGAUCCGAAUGAGAGUAUGAGAAAUGAUAUUUUUGAUUCCCGUUUUCAUAAUAAACAUACUGGUGAAAAGUUGGUUUUGCUUUUACAGCAGGCAGUUGAAACCCAUUUGCAGUAUACAGGAUUCAGUUCUUCAAAUGAAGCUUUAAAGGCAUAUGUGGUGGACUAUGUUGUUAACAUUUUCAAAGAUGAUCCUUUGGCAUUAAAUGAAAUAAAAUAUUCAUUUCCUCCGAACUCAGGCUCAGCAAUACCUAUUUGGCUAAUGAUUGAAUUCAUCAAGAUAGUCAACUUCCAAUGGGCUUUAACUGUCAACUUCACCCAGUCUUUGGAAACUUUGAACAAGUUACGUGAACAGGGGAACAAUUUAAUGGCAAAUAUGUGUUUUGCCCAAGCUAUUAAACAGUAUACCAAGGCUAUAGAACAUCACCCCACUAUGUUUGUUUCUGAGCUUCCUCAACUUUUUACCAAUAGAGCAAUUGCAUUCAUUGGUCUUAAUUGUGUUCCCGAAGCAAUCGAUGAUUUAAACAUGGCUCUUCGUUUGGACAGAUCAUUCACUCCUGCCUGGACUCAGUUGGGUUAUUGCCACAUGUAUAUGGGACAUGGGCUCAUUGCACUCCAAUGUUACCUUUGCUCUCUUAAAUCAAGUGUUGGUGAAAUUCUUCCACCUUAUCUCACCAGCGACAAGUCGGAGCUCAUUGAAGAGUACAGGAAUAACAAAUGUAGAACGAUUCUUCCUCAAUUCAUUGAACGUCUUAACCAAGCCAUUGCAUUGACGGAAAAACGUGCCUAUCAACAACUAGAAUAUGAAGAAGAUAUCCGAAAAGUAGUGCAAGAAGUACGUCGUAUUCUUGCCCGUUUACGUGCCCAAGGACCAGAAGAUGAUCGGGAAUAUUUUAGUUAUUUGCCACUUUACCGUGAUUCAAAUUUACGCACCAUGUCCGAAAGGGCCAAUUCAAAUAGACCAAAUAUUCUUACGCCGGAAGUGCAACAGAAUAUGAUGGCAAGAAAUGGGAUGGAAACUGCAACAGUUACCCAAGUAAGAACCGAGCCUUUGAAUACCACCACCACUACUACUACUAUUCCUACCACGUUGAAUACUGCAAGUACCACCAGUGGUAACAAUAGUACUGCGAAUACCCCACCCGGAGUUGAUAAUAGAAGUCCAAGACCAGUGAUUCGGGAUUUGUUGAACGAUCUUGGAAGUAUGUUUGAUAAUCAGGGACGCGAAGGUACAGAUCGUGGAAUAAAUAAUAGUACUGCUCAAAAUCUGGAUAAUCCGGCACAACUCUUUACUGAUAGUUUGACUGAAGGAAUUGGUGGUGUUAUAUCCGAGGGAGUUAGAGGCAUGCUUGGUGCAUUUGCUAAUAAUAAUCCAAAUGCUCGGGUUUUUGUACAAGAGUUUGGCACUAGAGUUCAAAAUAGAACUAGUAGUAACACUACUGCGAAUUCUACUACCAAUUCCGCAACCAAUGCUUCAUCCAGAAGUAAUGGUGACACCGAUGUUGAUAUGAGAGAGCCGCCAUCUGAUUUAGAUUAG